UCUCUCUCUCUCUUUCUCUAUAGGACAAACGAACGAACAUAGGCGCUGUAUUUGUGUCGCAUUGUCUUCACGGGCAGAGUUGCUGAAGGAAAUACAAAAGACAAAUGAAUAAACAACGUAACGACUGAACUGCAACAAACGACAGUCUCACAGCUAUGCCUGACCUGUUUUGAUGCUGGAGACGGCCAGCACUGUAGGUGGCCAGAGCCUAUGUGUUUGAGUCUCAGAUCCCAAGGCAGAAGAAAGUGAACCAUGAACCAGUGCUACCACAGUUGCAACAGUCUGCUUCAGCAUGGUUGAUCUUGGGAAAAAGUGGAUACCUUGUAGAGAACUGAAGCUGUAACAACUAAUCGAUAAAAUGCAAUGCAACAGCAAAAUCUAUCCAUCCAUCAGGAGAAAAAAUGAGAAGGAACAGAUGAGCAUAUGAUUUUAACAAACAACCACAGCUAUAGGCAGUUUCACUAUAGCACAGACUGUCACUAUGGUGCCUCUACUCCAACUCUUUUUUCUAAUGCCUCUAAUUAAGCCAAUCACAAAUCAUGUCCAUGGAAACUCUCUUUAUUCUCCAACCUCUCAUUCAAAUCACAGCCUGUUUUCUCAGACUUACAUGCUUGUCAGAAAAACUGACCACAGAUUGGCAGCCAAUUCUGCGUUAGAAACUGUGAGACCAUUUCUCCAUGGCUUCUAUCAGAAAAGUGUCUUUAAAUCAAGCGGAGAUUCAAACAAAUGGACUGAAAGCAGAAAUACUGAGGACACACUGUCAGAAAAAACAUCACAUACUGACAGAACUGGGUCAAGAGGUCUAUUUUUAUUAUCACCAAAAAACAGAGUCAAAAGAGGUCCUACCCAAAAUGCUAUAACACCACAAGAUGCUGCUGGAAAAGAGAAGGAGACUGCUGAUGAGACAGAAUCAAUGACAGAAGAACCAGUCACUGAAUGGGAAGAAAAAGACUUGUCAACAGUUGGGUCAGGUGAUAUGUUAAUACCCAGAGAAACUGGCUUUGUUGGAUCAUCAACAGAGGCAAUAACAUCUCUUGAUAAAAAGCAUACCCAUUACAGACUGCAAAUUCAGACUGCUUAUAGUGUGCUGGCUACAGUACAAACAAAUCCAACAAUCAAUCUUUCACUUGGGAUCAGUCCUUCUGCAACUUCACCACCUAAUGAAAAGCCUGUAUCCACUUCCAGUAGGACUAGUCAAUUAGACACCAACAGGACUGAACUGGAAAUAGGUAGGUUGGGGAUAACCACUCCACAUAAAAUUCAGUCAAGGCAGUUUACCACUUUACAGUCACAUACUGAAGCCACCUCUCUUAGGACAAGCACAACCAAUCUACAACUAGAGGCACCAUCACUGGGAGUGGACAUCAUUACUUCCAACAAUUCACAACUAAAAAGCACUUCACACUCAGCAAAAUCAGCAAAAAUACCCAAUGACCAGUCAAAGGAGCCAGGAACGAAAGGAACAGUGACCGAUAUAAAGAACACUAAAGACAUACCCCCUUUUCUAAGGACUGCCUCCCCUCACCCGACUGGACAUGGACAUUUUCCAUUUUUAGAAAAUGAUGGAAGAUUUACAGAGAAGGACCAGUCAGUCUCACAGGGAAUAGUCCCAUCUCUGAAGUCAAACCCUGCCUCUCCAACCUAUGCCCUUCCUAAGGACCCCUGUGCUUCUGGUGUGGGUCUCUGUGUUUUUUCAAAAGAUCAAAACAACAAUGAUAAAUAUGGCACAACAAAUGGGAGCUUUUUAGUGUGGGCAGACUUAAAACACACACUUUCAUUUGCAUGGGAGCUGCAUGUAUUUGGUUCUGCUGCCCUUUUCCUUCUGCUGACUGCUGGCUCAGCCCUCGGUUUAGCAUUAUCUCCCAGCUUGAACUGCCCUCACCGUGGUGAACUGAUACUCACCAAUAGCCUCUUGCUAGUUGCAGGUGCAGUUAGAGCAGGCCACUUCUUGCUCGACCCAUAUGGGACUCGGCUCCUCCUGCCACCUCCUGUCGUAAUAGCUUUAUACACUCUGCCGUUACCACUGUUAAUUCUGGCACAAGCUGCGUUAGUGAUACUGGUACUAAAAGAGACAGGGGUAACCUGGCUUCCACCUACACUUCAGCGCCCCCCUCUUUUAGGAGUGUUAGCUGUUUUCCAAUGCACUCUCCUACUUGCUGCAGACUUACUUUCCCCUGCUCUUUCGCCAGCUGUUCCCAUUGUCCUUCAGAGCCUCACCCUGACUGCAGGCCUCGUACUGUGUUUAGGCUACCUUUUCUUGGCACUGCCACGCUUCUCUCACACACAUGCAGCUCGGGCAGGGAUUAAGGGUACUGGUGAGGGAAAGGUGCAGGUUUUAGCACGGGUACUGGCAGUGUGCGCUCUUCUUGGGGCGCUGUGCUGUCUGUUGCACAUUUAUGCCUGCUUGUGGCUAUAUGGACUUCUAGGAGACUGGAGGCGCUUUCGUUGGGCAUGGUGGCUCUGUCAGUUCUGGGUACGACUGUUGGAGCUUGCCUGGGCUUUCUGCCUGCUUCUGAUGUCUUCCUGGGUCUUCUGGAGACCCAAUGGAGGAGCACCAAGACAAGAAGGUGCUGCCACAGCAAGCUUGCCCUCACCCACCCAAUCAUCAAACUCUACCAGCAGACAUACUUGCUGGGCGAAAAUUGUGCAGAGCCUCAAGGUAAGGCAACAAAGGAAAUCUGAAAGCAAUGGGAUUGGAGCGUCAAAUAGUGGUGCAGGGGCCGGAGAGUUGCCCAAUAAUUGGGCAGGACAGGAGCGAUCAGGGGCAGACAUUAGCAAGAGCCUCAUACGAAAUCGUGAUCCACUCAAAGACAGCAAUCAUUUGCGUAAUCUGAACGUUUUUGCUGGGGGCUCUGCAGGUUCGUUGCUAAGGCUGCAGGAACUUGCUCAGCCACCUCAGUGCUCUUUAAGCAGCAGUUUGGACAGGGACAAGGAGUCAGCCAUCUCCCUCUGCGAUUUUGAUCUGCGCCCACCAACCCCAAUUGACCUCAGCCGCAGUAUUGAUGAGGCACUUCAUCGUGAGCAUCUAUUUAUGGGUGAAAGUUUGUUCCAGCCACUGGGACCACCAUCACCUCCUCCUUCUCCAAACCUGUGGAUGCGACGGAAUAGUGACCCCCAAGUCACGCUGUCAUUGAGCAGUGAUGAACACACAUUGCUCACAGAGUCCUCUGCAGGUCUGGAUCGCUCCAUUCCUAGUGCUGUGCCCAGCCGACAAGUCACAGCGCCCCCCACACCCACUCAUCAGGGCUUCCGUUGGGUCUCUGAGGCACAAGUGCCUUCCUCUUUGUCCUGCCCAGUCUCACUGCACCCUUCCCCAAGCACAAGCCAUGUCCUCAUGCCCAGUGCAGAAAACACAAGGCCGUUUCUAACCCCUGACCUUGAAAGUUCGCAAUCAAAUACCGGAGGGGGACAAGGUUACUUGAAAGUCGCUCAAAAUGAUGACUCUGCCAGUGUCAGCAGUGACAUUAUUGACCUUUGAACAUGUUAUGAUGCACAGCAGCUACAGAUUACAACGCAUUCACAUUCUCCAAAAAGUAGAUAUUAUACAUUUAACACUGACUUGCAGUUUAAUUGCUGUAUAAUGGCACUUAAAGGGGAGGAGGAACAUACUGUUAAGUGGCUUCAUCAGAUUUUAUUAAAUGGACUGAAAUGUUUAGUGCAAUAAGCACUGGAAAUAUAAGUUUUUCAUUUAAAAAUCUUGUUUACAGUGAUGCACAUACUAUAGAAGUCUAUGGGGCAAGGCAUACCAGAGGCAGAAAUCUGCGGCUUGUAUUCACUAUUAUUAAUGUUUUUGUAAAAAACGUGUGUUAUUUGAUCUGUAAACUUGUCGUUUUAGUGGUGGGACCACUAUUUGAAGCAAAAUAACCUAUAGAUGUGAGAUCUCCAGCUAGUUGUUCCCAAGUCUCGAUUAAAAUUAAAAGGAGAUAGGGCCUUUUCUGUUGCAGCUCCUCGUCUAUGGAAUAGUUUACCUCUCCAUGUUAGAUCUUGUGCCACUCUUGAUGUUUUUAAAUCUCAUUUAAAGACUUAUCGCUUUUCUCUUGCAUUUGACUGUAAUUAAUUUUAUCUAAUUUUGUGAUGUGUUACUGUGUUUAUAAUUUUACACUGUAUGUGCUAUGUCUGAUUUGUAAAGCACUUUGGCCAACGUCUGUUGUUUUUAAAUGUGCUGUAUAAAUAAAACAGAAUAGAAUAGAAUAUAAUUAACAUAAUUUCUUUUGGUGUAGUUGCUCUACGUAAAAUACUUUGGCAAAAAGAUAGUAGUCUCCUGUUGUCACAUGUUAAUUGUUAAGUUUUGUGGCUGUACUUUGCAGUAGUGUGUGUAUUUUUAUGUUUAAUCUGGUGCAGUGCCUUGUCCCAUAGAGCAACCUAAGUGCUACCUUAGCAUGCAUUGUGAGAGCUGUGUCUGGACAGUGUUUUUUCCCCCUGUUGCAUUGCGUUUGAACAAAAAUUAUACUGGAUGUGCCAGUACUAUACUGGAUGUUGACUUUCUGGCCCAUGCUUUGUACUUCCAGUUUAUUCCUGCAAUGCAGCAUACCUAAAACAUACUAUUCUCACAACUGGAGUUAUGUUUAGUAAAAUAAUUUUGAUAUAAAUUAGUCAGCAAAGCAGACUAGAAAUUGGUGGUUGGUAUAUUCAGCAAUUUAGUCAAAAUUUCAACACAGCUGGAUGCUCAACUCAUCACUACUUUAUUCGAUAAAGAAGAACUCUUAUGUGAGCAAUACAUUAUAAAAAGCUGAGUAUAAUUUAAACAGAUUAUGUAUAAACUAUAUUUUUGUUUUUAAAAAAUUAUGUAUUCUGAUUACAUUUAAUGCAUUUACUGUGAAUGACAAUCUUUCCUACUGCAAAAAUAUACUGAUCCUGGCAGAAUAAGGACUAAAGAUACACUAGAUUUCUCCAGGCAUAUCUGUCUGUACAAAAUGUGAAAUGUUAAUGUGCUCCAUUUAAGUGUGACACGAAAGGAACGUGAUUAUAUGCUUUGUACAUUUUCUUGAUUAGUUGAAAAUUUUUGUUCCUCUCCCUUUCAUUUUUAAAAAUGGCAAGGCACGGUUUUAAUAUUACUUUUAUAUUUGCAAAUAAACAGGAUGUUGUAUAUAGAGAUUCCA